GGCCUUCCUCUCUCACACCAAUCUUCUCUCCACUAUCGUUCCUUCAUCUCCACGGCGGAGAUCGGAGGAGUUGGUAAAAAACCGAAAAAACCCUAGCUCUCGAUCGCUCGCUUUCUGUGCUUUUUUUCAUCUAAUUUCCCAGAGAUCUUCCUUCGAUUCCAUCAUAAGCAGUCAUGGCGGGAAUGGCACCUGAAGGAUCCCAGUUUGAUGCGCGAUCAUAUGAUGCCAAAAUGAAUGAGUUGCUUACGUCAGAUGGACAAGAUUUCUUUAAAUCAUAUGAUGAGGUUUAUGAAAGCUUUGAUGCAAUGGGUUUGCAAGAGAACCUUCUUAGAGGAAUUUACGCCUAUGGGUUUGAGAAACCCUCAGCAAUCCAACAGAGGGGAAUUGUUCCUUUCUGCAAGGGACUUGAUGUUAUCCAGCAAGCGCAGUCUGGGACAGGCAAAACAGCGACUUUCUGCUCAGGAAUCCUGCAGCAGCUUGACUAUGGCCUAGUUGAAUGUCAGGCUUUGGUUCUUGCUCCUACUAGAGAACUCGCUCAACAAAUUGAAAAAGUCAUGAGGGCCCUUGGUGAUUAUCUGGGUGUCAAGGUUCAUGCUUGUGUUGGUGGAACCAGUGUCCGAGAGGAUCAACGUAUUCUUUCAAGUGGGGUUCAUGUUGUUGUUGGAACUCCCGGUCGCGUUUUUGACAUGUUACGGAGACAAUCCCUUCGCCCUGAUUACAUUAAGAUGUUUGUAUUGGAUGAAGCAGAUGAAAUGCUCUCAAGAGGUUUCAAAGAUCAGAUCUACGACAUUUUCCAGCUCCUCCCUUCAAAGGUUCAGGUUGGUGUCUUCUCGGCCACAAUGCCGCCAGAGGCCCUCGAGAUCACUCGUAAAUUCAUGAACAACCCUGUAAGGAUACUGGUGAAGCGAGAUGAACUCACUCUCGAGGGAAUCAAGCAGUUCUAUGUCAAUGUUGAGAAGGAAGAAUGGAAGCUGGAGACCCUCUGUGACCUGUAUGAGACAUUAGCCAUCACUCAGAGUGUCAUCUUUGUGAACACUCGGCGCAAGGUUGACUGGCUGACUGAUAAGAUGCGUAGCCGGGAUCACACCGUCUCUGCGACCCAUGGGGAUAUGGAUCAGAACACAAGGGACAUCAUCAUGCGCGAAUUCCGGUCUGGUUCCUCGCGCGUACUCAUCACCACCGAUCUCUUGGCCCGUGGUAUUGAUGUCCAGCAGGUCUCGCUCGUCAUAAACUAUGAUCUGCCAACACAACCAGAGAAUUAUCUCCAUCGCAUUGGACGUAGCGGGCGUUUUGGGAGGAAAGGUGUUGCGAUCAACUUUGUUACGAGGGAUGAUGAGAGGAUGCUGUUCGACAUCCAGAAAUUCUACAAUGUGGUGAUCGAGGAGCUUCCAUCAAACGUUGCUGACCUCCUCUGAUGUGGUUUCUUCAUGUUUAUUGAGGUAAGGUGCUUUUAUUUGGUAAUUUCUAUUAUUAGUGUCCUUUUAGGUCCAGUACUUUAUUCUGGCAGCUUUAAACUUAUAUUACUGUGGGGUUGUGGGGUCCGCACAUUUGCAAAGUGGGGUUCCGACUGUGCCCAUUCUGAAGAGGGCAUGCGUGGAGAUCCUGUCAUUGCAAAUUUUGUAGCAGCUAGGGUUUUUGUAUUUUAAGUUUUUUCCUCGUCUUUGUUUGUUACCUGAAAGAAGGUAAGUUUGGACUGAUUUCUGUGUUUAUCUUGGUUUAAUUUUCAUAUGCCAAGAGGGUUAUGUAGAAUGAGGGAUGAUUUGGCAUUUCAUUGUUGAUGAGUGGAUUCCUAACUGUUGAGGUC